AUGGGUAAAUCCACAGCCAAGCUGGCCAAGCUGGCGAAGCUGGCCAAGCUGAGUACGCCCAAGACCAAGGAUGUUUCCCGAAAACGACCAGAGUUCACCCCGGCCAAGAUCGACGCCCUCGUGGCGCAAUUAAUCGACGCCAAUGCCCUCAAUAACCUCGUGGCAUUGCUCGAAAUGUGGCAAACUCAUGUCCCCCUGGUAUUGGCCCAGGGCGGCGACGACGAAGCCACCGCUCGCCACUUGGUUGGUGGCUUGUUCAAGCUGUUUAACCACUUAAUCCGGGAAAACCGCAUGGCCCUUCCCAAGCACAAAUACGACGAAAAGAAGGCCGUAGCCGUCAAAUGGCUUAACAAGCAGUACCUGACAUUCAUUGACAACCUUUUGCUGGUGGUACAACAGCUGAAUCACGCGCCGUCGCUCACCGUCGACGCCUGUGAUGUCCUCAUGCAAUUAGUGAAAGCCGAGACCGAGGCCCACUAUACCGAGGCGUUCUUCGCUGAAAAGCCGUUAAGACGGGUACGCCAAGCCGUCCUCGCUCUGGAAAACCCCGCCGUGGUCGCGUGGUUCGCCGAGGAGUACUUAUCGCCCUACUUCGACCUCAGAUUCUACUGGUUCCACAACUUGGCCCCCGAGAUCACCGAGGCGAUGUUUGACAACUACCUCGUGCUUGUCGAGCACUUGAGAGAGCUUAAGGACCAGCAAUUUGCCGAGAAACAGCUUCCGUCGCGAGUGGUGCCCGAGAAGUUCCGUGCCCAUUUCCAGGAGGCGACGCUUGCCGUGCUCACUCUCCCUAAAUUGACUCACGCACACUACCAGCGGAUCAUGGCCAACUUGCACAAGCGGAUCAUCCCCCACAUGCACCAGCCCCACCAGCUCAUGGACUUCUUGACCCACUGCUACCACCAAGGGGGCGACCUCCCGUUGUUGACGCUCUCGUCGUUGUGGGAGUUGAUGAAGCACCACAACCUCGAGUACCCGGACUUCUACACCAAGCUCUACGCGCUUUUAACGCCCGAGAUGAUGGCGCUGACCUAUAGACCCCGGUUCAUGAGACUCUGCGAAUUGUUCCUCAGCUCCACCCAUCUCAGUGCCCAAUUGGUGGCGCUGUUUAUCAAACGGUUAGCUCGGCUUACGCUUACCGCUCCCGUGCCCGCGACGGUGGCAGUGGUGCCGUUUGUGUACAAUUUGCUUAAAGCUCACCCGACGGUGAUGGUGAUGAUCCAUCGCCCUGAAGGCGGCGCCGACGAGUUUAACGCCGAGGAGACGAACCCGUUAAAGACGGGAGCGAUCUCGUCGCUGGUGUGGGAGCUUGAAGCGCUCACCAGCCACUACCACCCGCACGUGGCGACGUUGGCCCGCAUCUACUCGGAACCUUUCCGCAAGCUCCGCUACAACAUGGAGGACUUCUACGACUGGGACUACUCCCAGUUGGUGCAACAGGAACAGCGGAAGCGUUACAAGGCAGCGGCGGCGCUUGAGUUCGAGGAGAGAGGCGUCUUUGGUGCCGGUAACUAUCUUGAAGACUGGGUGGCAUAA